UUCAGAGGCUGGUGUGUGGCUUCUCAUAAAGCUAUUUUGAAAGUGACCUCCCUGUCAAUGCAGCUGUUGAGAACCAUGACUGAAGAUGACGGAUUCGGUUGUCGUGGAGGGCCAAGUCAGACUCAAAGACGGGAAAAAGUGGAAAAGUAGGUGGAUGGUUCUCAGGAAACCUUCUCCAGUGGCAGAUUGUUUGUUAAUGCUGGUGUUCAAGGACAAAUCUGAGAAGACCAAAGGACACAAGGAGAGGAAUAGUGUGACAUUAGAAGACAUAUGUGGCCUGGAGCCUGGGCUAUCAUUGGAGGGUGUGAAUCACGUACUCGCCAUCAUCUGUCUUGGACAAACUGUGCUCCUGGGGUUAGACAACAAGGAAAUCAUGUGUGCUUGGGAUAUCCGGAUCCGCUACAGCCUUGGAGAAGUUCACAGAUUUAACGUGACGGUGUUACCCGGCACCAAGUUGGAAUGUGGACCUGCUACUCUUCACUUCUGUAACAAUAUCUUUGUGCUGGUGCGAGAUGUUCCGCCAACAAUCAUCGGGCAGUGGAAGCUCUCAGACAUGAGACGCUAUGGAGCUAUUCCCAAUGGCUUUGUUUUUGAAGGAGGUUCCCGGUGCGGUCCUUGGGCCGGUGUUUUCUUUCUGUCUUGUGCUGAGGGAGAGCAGAUCAGUUUACUAUUUGACUGCAUCGUCAGAGGCAUCUCUCCAACUAAAGGACCCUUUGGAUUGCGGCCAGUGCUACCAGAUCCCAAUGCAAACCCAGCCUAUAUGGAGGAGAGAAUUACUCAUGAAGCACAGGAGCUGGAGAAACGUUUGAGUCUUCUUUCUCACACCAGCCGACAAAGCAGCGGAGGAGAUGACAGAAGCCUGUCCAGCUCAACCGAGUCUUCAGACACCAGCCAGUCGGAUUCAGCGAGUAUUGGAAGCCGACUGACGAUAUGGCCUGAGCAGCUGUCGGGGAGCAGCCUCCCAGAGGGUCACACACCACCAGCUGCCAAGGGACUGAAUCCAGCAGAGGAACGAUUAUACGCGGAGGUCAUGCGGGGAUCGAAAGCCCCACUAAAGCCGCCUCGGUCACGGAAGCUACAGGAAGUGGGCCGCCAGAGCUCUUCCGACAGUGGCAUUGCCACGGCUAGCCACUCGUCAUAUUCCGGAAGCUUCUCUUCCUACACCGGGAGCCUGGACAUUGGCCCUGCUGACGAGUACGGGUCAGUGUUUAGCCUCCCAUUGAACUUGCCUCCAGAGCAGGGCUUGUGCACGUGCCAGCACAGCGAGACGCUGAGGACUACUGGUUCUGAGUAUCAGGUUCCCAGUUCUGCCAGGCAUCUAUACGACACGCCGCGGAGUGUGUUACAGGCAGCUGGUAAGGAAGCAACAGCCAAGGCUCCAGUUUCCUCCACGUUAAAGGACCAGAUUCCGGCUCCUCAGGAUAUUGGUGACCCCAAGUUAUUGAGCCCAGAGAGUCAGGCCAAGGGGAAGGAAGGUGCUAGAGACUCGUCUGAUGAGCCGUGCCUGGAUUACGUGCCCCGUUGGUCACUUCCGAAGCCACAGGGACAAAUAGGGAGCAACGUGGCUUUGCCUGUUGGAGCGGGAUCGACGGAAACGUGUGAUGUAUGCAGCCCGCACGCCCUCUUCACCGCCUGCCCCAUCUGCGGGGGCUUAAGGUGCAGUCAUUCUUUUUUCCCAAACUACAUAACCUAUGAACAAUGGCGCACACUUAAGACUAGGUGUUUGGUGGAGGGAACAACAAUCUCAAGUCCAGGAGGAGCCUCAUCCACCCCAACUGUACCAGAUAAGAAGCCAAAGAAAAAGGAGGAAAGGCACAAGACAGGAACAGGACAGACGUACGAGUUUAUGGAGGCUCUGGCAACAGAUAAACAAGCUGAGGUAGAGAAAGGCAGUGGAUAUGAAUAUAUGGCCAGCUGUGGACACCAGAAGCUAUUGUUAGAGGGAGAAGGUCCAACUGGCAGCUUAAAGCUCCAUAAAGGGCAAGGGACACAUCUGGACGUCAUGGGUCUUAAACCAAAAAAGGAGAAAGGCUUUCUUCUUUCAGAAGACGAAUCUUCAGGCAGCAUUGAAACAAAGAAAUUAUCUGGAGGAGUGUUUGUUUAUCCAGCUGAAGCUCCAGUGGCAGAUAGACCUCGCUGUGAAGGAGUCACUUAUGUGAAUAUCCCAGUCAGCCCAGCGUCAAAGAAACAAUUGCAUUACAUGGAACUAGAGCUCCAGGAACCCAGCCCUGCAAUUCGAGGAGCAAGUUCAUCCAAAUAUGCCCAGAUUGAUAUCACAGCCACAGAAACAGCACACAAGGUGGGAACACAGCACGCUCAGAAUCGUGAGGAGCGGUUACAGGAGCUGGAACAGAAGCGGAAAGGAGCGCUGCAGUGAUCCAGCGAUGUUGCCAGAUAUAGAGACCGCUUUGUUUUCUUUCAUUCAUUCAGUACUUAAGAUUACCCAGGGUCAGAAUGGGUGUCGAUACUGAGGGCAGGUGGCUGUCCAACUACCAUUCUGAUGUUGCUUUUUGAGUACAGUGCUCUCUCUCCACUACAAUGGACUAUUCAGAGCAAUGUAUUUUGUGCAGCAUAUUGACUGCAAUGAAUAUAUUAAGUCUUUACAAUACUCAAUCUUCAAGCUGCCGUUUAGGUCAUUCAACGUCAGCAACUAGGGUGAUGUGAUGGCUAGGGACAGGAGACGCAGACUGUAGUCUGUUUCUUUUUGUCUCUGGGGGCCAUGGGUCAAAAAUCCACAUCAGUGGAGUGAGAUGGAAAUCUGCAGAGUCACCAAUAUAGCAGAGCACAGUGGAUCUCUGCCAUCCUCUGCCUUUUCUCCCUGUGGCCAGCACUCUCGCUGAGCUUGGCACAUCAUGUAAGGGAGCACGUCAGGGUUUUGACAGGCACAGCACUGAAUUCAGAGUCCCAGAUGUGUAACUGGUGCUGGGGAACCGACUCAAUUCUCUUCUGAUGUUGAGGUGUUCUGUUAAUGGAGUGUUCGCUGUCAGCUGUGGUGCUGCCACACUCCUGCACUGCCGUUCAGCUGCUGAUGGAUUUUUAAUAGCUCUGGAAGUAAGACUGGGAAGAGUCAUCUUCUGUUAUUUGUUUGUGGUCAGCCGGGUGUCUUGACACCUGCAGAAACCCAUCCCCA